AUGAUAUCUAGUCAACACCGUCUAAGUACGCAACCUGCAAUUCGCGCGUACGAAGCGUUUUCCGCUCCUGGUUUUAGCUUUAAUUCAAAGCUAUUAAACGAAGCUUUCGGUGGCACUGGGUUGAAGCGAGGAUUUGUGUCUGAAAUAUGCGGUGCUCCUGGCAUGGGUAAAACGAGCCUUUCUUUAGUUCUCACCGCAAAUGCACUGCUUUCAGGAACCAAAGUCCUUUGGAUAGAGACGUGUCAUCCUAUCCCAUUGUCCCGUUUGCGAUAUAUGUUGCAAAGUCAAGUCCCAUCGUCUCAGGAGGAAGACAAUUUUAGUACGUUGGACGAGUACUUGCAACUCUUAGAUGUUUAUUAUGCUCCUUCUUUGGCAAACUUGUUGGUAUAUUUGAAAACUUUCGAUGAUGAUUUGAAACAAGAUGAUAUCGGUUUAAUCAUUAUCGACAACUUGUCUAUGCCUAUUCAAUUGGCCUUUCCUACGUGCCCAGAUGACUAUGCAUAUUUGAGGCAGCGUCGAAGUACCAGCUCACGGAAGACCUCAAUGGAAUCUUUGGGCAAGGAGAAUAUGGAUUCCGGCCUUGAAAAAGAAGUUGCUUCCAAAGAACUGAUUGAUCCCUUCCCCAGUUCCCAAACAAAUCUCAACAAACGAAAACGUGUUGUUGGAGAUAUCAAUUCUAUGCUAAGUAGAAUUUCGGCCGCAUACCAAAUAGCUAUACUUGUCACUACCCAAAUGACCUCGAAAGUGGUGUCCGGUAUGGGUGCAAAACUUAUCCCAUUUUUAAGCACUAAUUGGCUUGAUAAGGUGUCUUCUCGCUUAGUUCUGUAUUGUCGGCAUCCUAUGGAAAAUGACAAGUUCGAUGGCAAUUUUGAAUCGAAUAUCAGUCAUCAGUCACUACGUUAUGCUUACAUGGCAAAACAAUUGCCAGGCACCUCUAUUGAUUCUGAACUUUUAUUCUAUGUUACAGAGAAUGGGUUAAUGGAUUGUCGGAGCUUACCAAUAAACAGCUCGCAACGCAGGAAACGUAGCUUAAUGGAGACAGACUUAUGA